CCCCCACACAAAUUCCCACACGCCAGAGACACUUAUACUUCCUAUUUCGGUCGACGCGACGUGUUCUGCUUUUAUACUACCUGUACCGCGUUGUAAUAUCUUGUAAAUUACGAAUAGCCUCAUCCAUUUUAUGCGCCUACGCUUGCGCCGACUCGAGUCCCAACAACCCUGCUAGAGUCAACGGACCUCUACGCGCACCUCGCGACCGGCUCCAAUCUCAGUCACCCAAUUCUCCCCACGGCCUCUUCCUCCCUCAUGGCCUCGACGACCAUCGCCGCCUUCCCACCGUCGUCAAAUCCUUACCCUCGGCCUACGUCGUCGUCGCAGCACUCUCACCACCGCGCUCUCUCCUUCGCCUCCAACCAGAGCAACCACGAUACGGUAACCGGCCAAGUGUUGCCGGCCUCGUCAGCGCCAGCUCCGUCACCGUCGCCCUACAACCAAAACUCACAAAUGUCGUUCAGUAUGAGCCAGGGCUCGCAGGGCAACGGCCUGAUGAUGCAGCCGGGCGCCUACAGGCAGUUCGCCGACCAGAAUGCGCCAAGCAUGAGCGUUCCCGCGCCGCAAAUAUACUCAGCCGUAUACUCCGGAGUCGAUGUGUACGAAAUGGAAGUCAAUCGCAUCGCUGUCAUGCGCCGCCGCAACGAUAGCUGGCUCAAUGCGACCCAGAUCCUAAAAGUUGCCGGCAUUGAGAAAGGCAAGAGGACCAAGGUCCUGGAGAAGGAAAUUCUCAUUGGUGAGCAUGAGAAGGUCCAGGGAGGUUACGGAAAAUACCAGGGCACUUGGAUCAAGUUUGAGAAGGGAUUGGAGUUCUGCAGGCAAUAUGGCGUGGAGGAAAUUCUGCGGCCGCUCCUCACUUACGAUAUGGGUCAAGAUGGCGGGAUCGCUGGGCAUGGAGGUGUGGAUACUCCAACAAAGGAGCAAGCAAUGGCUGCAAACCGAAAAAGGCUAUAUAAUGCUGGGAAUGAAGCUCGUCUGAGCGGGCAAUCCGGGACCUUUUUCAAGAAUAUCUCCUCAACAGCCUCCCACGCCGUCGCGGCGAUCAGCAAGGCUAGGUUCGACUCGCCAGCACCUCGCAUUCGCAAUGGGAACCGCCCUCCAAGUUUCAGCCGUCAGUCAUCACAGCAGCAACUUGACGAAAACGCUUUCCCAGGGUCUCAGCAGAGCAUGCAGAGCUUUGCGUCUGAGUCUAGCUACAACAUGAACGGCGACUCAGCAUACGCAACUCAGAAUGGCCCACACUUCUCACAUAUGGGUAGCCAAAACGAAUUUCAAGAGCCUCCGAGGAAGCGGGUACGCCAAACACCCAGCAUCAACCUGUCUCAACAGACCGACGCAUUCUACGAUAUGCGAGAGCCUUCGCCCACUGAGCCAAACGACUCAUUUGUAUACCAUCAACAUGCUCAAAACACUCUACAAGACGAUGUAGUCCCAAUGCCAUUACCACCACUUCCGUUUUCGUCAAGCCAACCAGCUGAAUCGAAACGUGCACUUCUAAUGUCUCUGUUUAUGGAUCAGACCAGGAAUGAGUUUAGCCGCCACGAAGCCUUCGUCAGUCUCUCAGGGGAAGAUCUUGACAUGCCUAUUGAUAAUACUGCACAUACUGCUCUACAUUGGGCCGCAACACUAGCGCGCCUUCCGUUAUUAAGAGCUCUUAUCAACAGCGGGGCAAGCAUAUACCGAGUCAACAACGCCGGCGAGACCGCACUGAUGCGCGCCUGUGCUGUUACGAAUAACCUUGACUUUAGCGCCUUCCCUGAUCUCCUCGAGCUAUUAGGUCCUACUAUUGAGAUGAAAGACGGUCGUGGCCGAACAGUACUUCAUCAUAUCGCUGUCACAUCCGCUGUGAAGGGCCGUAGCCAGGCCAGCAAAUACUACCUCGAGUCUCUGCUGGAAUUUGUCGUCCGACAAGGCAGUGCGCCAAGUAGCCAGCAGAUGUUCCUUGGCCAAGCACCGACGGUUAAAUCUAUGGGCAUCGGACGCUUCAUGUCGGAGAUUGUCAAUGCCCAGGACAAGUCGGGAGAUACAGCUCUGAAUAUUGCCGCUAGAGUGGGUAACAGAAGCAUCAUCUCGCAACUGCUAGAGGUUGGAGCCGACGCGGGUAUCCCCAACCGCGCAGGUCUUCGCCCAGUUGACUUUGGCAUCGGCGACCCAACAGAGGUAGGCGAGAGGCCUAGCACCACUGUAGAUAAAUCUCUCAACAAGGCAACUCGCGAGAACAGCGGGGAUGUCAUUUCUUCAAUAACCACCCUCCUCUCCCAAACCGAAGCCGAGUUCGCCCAAGAGAUGACCGCCAAACAAUCAGCCAUCGACUCCAUCCACACCCAGCUACGCUCCUCCUCCGCCCACCUCGGCGAAGAGCGCCGCCGCCUCGAGCGCCUCCAGCAUCUCGCCAAGGCGCGCGACGAGCGUAAAUGCAAGAUCACUAAUCUCCGUCGCGCAGGCGACGAGGAGGCCUUCCGUCUGCAGCAGAUCAAGGCGCAGCACACGCCGCUGGCGGGGCAGAGCGAGGACAUGUACCUCGGCGAGGCGGACGUGGCGUUUGCUUGCCUGCCCGAGAACGUGGGACCGGAUGAGGUGCUGAGGAAUCCGGCGCUUGUGGCGACGAUUCCUGGACAUGGAACGCUGAGAGCGAGGGUCGCGGCAUAUCGUGCUAAUAAUGAGAGGUUGGAGAGGGCGGUGGGGGAGCUGAGGAGUAAAUCCCGCGAGCUGGAGGUGAAGUACCGCAAGACUAUCAGCUUGUGUACGAGGGUGCCGGAGGAGAGGAUCGAUGAUGUGCUUGAAGGGCUUUGGAGGGCUGUAGAUAGCGAGGGGGGCGAUGUGGAGUUGGGCCGCGUGAGGGAAUUUUUGACGAGGGUUGAGGGGGUUGAGUAAGAGGAGGAUUAUGAUGGGAUGGAUGGGACUGUGAGAGGUUGUACAUAUAAUGUGCUGGUGACGACUGUGGGUUGGCUUUUUGCAUAUUGCGCGUGUCUGUUGGAGUGGCGUACUGCCCGUGUUUUGGAUAUUGUUACGGGUGUCGGUGUUGGAUAUGGCUUGGAUCGGAGGUUUGGAAAAUACGAAUUGAAUCACCGUCUUGAUAUAUCACUUGCUGUUUUCAGAUCGAAUGUGUUUUGUGAAGG